AUAUAUAAAUUCUCCGAGUCACCUAUAUUUUACAUCUAAAUUGGAGAGAGAAGAGCAAUGGAGAUUCCAGUAAUAGAUUUCAGUCAACUCAAAGGCGAGAACAGGAGCAAAAUGCUGGCAGUUUUGCAGGAAGCUUGUGAAAAAUGGGGUUUCUUUCAGGUUGAGAACCAUGGAAUUGACAAGAAGUUGAUGGAGAAGGUUAAACAGCUUGUGAAUUCACACUAUGAGCAAAACUUGAAGGAGACCUUUUAUAAGUCAGAGAUAGCUAAACGGUUGGACAAUAAAGGAAAUACAUCUGAUAUAGAUUGGGAAAGCAGUUACUUCAUUUGGCAUCGUCCAACAUCCAACAUCAAUGAUAUUCCAAACCUUCAAGAGGAUUUUGGUAAAUCAAUGGAUGAGUACAUUACUCAACUAAUUGAGCUGGCAGAGAAGAUUUCGGAGCUCAUGUGUGAGAAUCUUGGUCUGGAAAAAGAUGAUAUAAAGGAAGCAUUUUCAGGAGACGGAGGUCCUUCCGUAGGAACAAAAGUGGCCAAGUAUCCUCGGUGUCCUCAGCCAGAGCUUGUGCGAGGACUAAGAGAGCAUACGGAUGCUGGGGGAAUCAUAUUGUUGCUCCAAGAUGAUCAAGUCCCUGGUCUUGAAUUCUUGAAAGAUGGAGAAUGGGUAGAGAUUCCUCCAUCCAAGAACAAUAGAAUUUUUGUGAACACCGGUGACCAACUGGAAGUUUUGAGUAAUGGAAGGUAUAAAAGUACUCUACACCGUGUAAUGGCUGACAAGAACGGAAGCAGACUCUCAAUUGCCACCUUCUAUAAUCCAGCUGGUGAUGCCAUCAUUUCUCCAGCUCCCAAACUCUUGUACCCUAAUAACUACACCUUUCAAGAUUAUUUAAAGCUUUAUUCUACCACAAAAUUUUUAGAUAAGGGGCCCAGAUUUGAAUCCAUGAAGAAAAUGACCAAUGGCAAUGGGCACCAUGAUUUCCAUGUUUAAAGGUGCCAUAUUGCACAAGUAACAACUCGUCGUGGGUUUCUCUGUCAGUUUGUACUACUAUUUUCCGCAUAAAAAUGACAAUGUUUGUCUAAAUAACAUAUAUAUUUGGAAUUCGCCUA